AUGGAUUUAAGAAACAAAAACACUAGAAAAAUACUCCUUUAACUCCUAGAUAAAUAGCUUAAAUCUAUUCUGUCUGAUAAUCAUCCAAAAACUCGGCUCCAAGAGUAACUCAUCAGAUUCCAAGGUGGAGAAUAUCCUAAAUAGGAAAAGCAAAGAUAAUAUUCACCAUCUCCUUAACUACUGCGAACUCAUAGUUAAUCUGAACAUGUUAACCAUUAUCAGAGGCAGCAAUCUCAAUUAAAAUUGAAAAAUCAAAGACCGCAACAAUCUAAAGAGAGGCUAAUCUCAUUACAAACGGAAGAGUAAAAUUAAGAAAAUACAUUUCAUCCCAAAAUAUUAAGACCUUAAAAUUUAAAUUCCUAAAUCAAACCUGAUAACCACAAACAAGGCAUUAAAUAGAUGCAAUCAAAAGUAUUUAAGAUUAUCUAAGUAGAUAAGACUGAUCAUAUAGAUAAAUUGAAAGAGUCUAACACUAUUAAAAUGAAUCAAGAGACUUAGUUUAAACCAACUUAAAAUAAGUCUUCCUAGAAAAUUAUCAAGUAAAACGACUUCUUUUAAAGAAUGAGUACAAAUGAGAAUAGAAGAUAACAAAAAAUUUAAAAACUCAGAAAUGAUGCCACUCCCUCCUUUAAACCAUAAAUUAAUAAUCGACUUAAGAAAGUGUAAAACUGUUAAAAUAAAGAUAUCCUGCAGGUUUCUGUUAAUUUAGGACUAUUAGAAAAAAUUAGAGAUUAUCACAAGAGAGACAACAGUCAAUCCAACUUAAAUCUCAGUUAAACUGAUAAUAGAAAUAGAGAUUGUACUUCUGCUCUCUCUUAAACUAUAGAGAUUGAUAAUUCUCAAUCUCCUAGUUUUAGAAAUUCUACCAUAAAAAAAUAAUCUCUACUUUAAAUAGAUUUCAACUCACCUAAUAAUGACUUCACAGAAAUGUUAUAUGAAGCAUUAGGAGAUUCACACUAUGACUGCUUUUGA